AUGACUAUUGAAUCGAAUGCACAGAAUACACGACCAGAGGAUGCACCACCGCCUACCAACAACGGGGACACAGAGCACCCAGAAUACACUCAGCCAUUAGAGCAAACAGAUCGCUCCAGCAACUCACUCUCCCUCUCGAACUCGGACGAAUUAGAAAAUCUCGCUACACCUCCACCUAGGACUCGGAGAAUCGCCUCUGCGAGUCAAUCAUACGGUCUGCGUAACGAUGCACAAGAAACACCAACGCGCGCAACCAGCGAUGAAGAUGCUGAACAAGCGCUCAACAAUAGCACUGUGGACGCUGAUACUGUGGCAGUUGCGCGUGGGGAACUCGGCGGUAAUCUCGGACCGUAUGCGCAAGCAGCAGAAAUAGCACCGAGCAGGAGUAAUCUCAGUUCUAUAUUCACUGCGCCCAUUAUGCAGAAUGAUGAUUCUCGCUAUGGACGCUACAGCACCAUCUCAACCGAUACAGAGUACAAAGACAAUCCAUAUCGCAACUCAAUUCCCGUAGAGAUACUCCAGCAGAAACAGGAUGUCAACCAGAAACAGGAUAUUAACACCAACGACAACAUUACACCACUCAAGAGCAAAAUCCCAUUCAAGAAUGUGCUUUUCUGGGAUAAUCUUAAAGAUGACACUGAUAUGGAAGACGAUAAUCUGCACACAUUCGAUCCGUCAUACAACCAGAAAGACGGCAGCGGCUUCUACCCGUUCAGCGGGAGGGGGUGGCUCAACGCGGGUCUGAUCACGAUACUUAUCGCGGCGUUGCUGAUGCUUUUUGCCGGAUACCCAAUUCUAUCGCGCUUCCGCGACACUGAGCCUGUCAACGACGGCGGGUACAAUCUUGGCGGUAUCAACGCGACGGGCCAGGUACCCGUCCUACCAGGCGUGCGCGGGCUAGUUGACGAAGACACCCCCGACUCUGUCAAGCACCGCGUCGGAACAGACGGAAAGGACUACAAGCUUGUUUUCUCCGAUGAGUUCGAGCAGGAAGGCCGCUCGUUUUUCCCUGGCGAAGACCCUUAUUUCGAAGCUGUCAAUUUGUGGUACUGGCCCACGGGCGACAUGGAAUGGUACACGCCAGAGCAGGUGCGCACGCGCGACGGCAGUCUGCAGCUGACGAUGGACGAGCACACGGUCGGCAAUCUGAGCUACAUAAGCGGCAUGGUGCAAUCAUGGAACAAGCUGUGUUUCACAGGCGGCUAUAUAGAAUUCUCCAUUCAGCUGCCUGGCCGUGGUGACGUGUCUGGUUUCUGGCCGGGAGCAUGGACGAUGGGAAAUCUCGGGCGACCAGGCUACGGUGCGACGACGGAAGGCACGUGGCCUUACAGCUACGAUAGCUGCGAUGUCGGCGUCAUGCCGAACCAGACAAACGAGGCAGGCACCGCCCCCCAAGGUGCCCUCACUAGCAACGGCGGCGGCCAGCUCUCCGUGCUUCCAGGGCAGAAAAUCAGUAAGUGCACCUGUCCUGGCGAGGACCAUCCAGGACCGCGCCAUGACGUGGGUCGCGGUUCACCCGAAAUCGACGCUCUUGAGGCUCAGACUGAUUUCGAGCGUGAGGGUGGUGCUGUGUCACAGUCGAGUCAAUUCGCACCGUUCGAUUUCGCCUACGACUGGCGCAAUGGUUCGGGUUACACGGAUAUCUACGAUCGGUCUGUAACGGAAAUGAAUAGCUAUAAAGGAGGUGUCUACCAAGAGGCUGUCUCAGGUGUCACCUUUCUCGGUAACGACGCAUACGAACUCACCGAGCAGGAAUUUAUGACUUUCGGCUUCGAGUACUCAGCUGAUCCCAAAACACGCGAUAGCAACUACGUGACGUGGUUCGUGGAUGAUGAAAAAUCAUGGACUAUGCAUGCAGCGUCUGUCGGGCCAGAUGAGCGUGUUGACAUCGGUCAGCGUCUUGUCAGCGAGGAGCCCAUGUCAAUCAUAAUGAACUUUGGUAUGGCUGAAGGAUUCGCAAACCCUGAAAUUGAUAAGCUGCAAUUUCCAGCGACAAUGUCAAUUGAUUAUGUCAGGAUAUAUCAACCUGAGGACAAUAUUAACAUUGGGUGCAAUCCGCCGGAUUACCCAACAACAGACUAUAUCAAUGAUCAUUUAGAAGCCUACCAGAACAAUAAUAUUACACAGUGGGAAGAUCUUGGGUAUAGCUGGCCCAAGUCAUCACUGAAUGGGGACUGCUAG